UGCAAUUCUCAUAAGUUUAGUGAAAAAAUAUUGAGUUAAAAUUUUCUUCUGAAACAUAAAAGUAAAAGAGAAAUGUCGCUUAAUUUAAAGCAAGUGAAAGGCAAUUUCCAGAGAUUAUUUGACAAAAAUCUGACUGAUUUGGUACGAGGACUGAGAAACAACAAGGACAAUGAGGCGAACUACAUAGCCUCUUGUUUGGAAGAAAUCAAACAAGAACUCCGCAUCGAUAACAUCAAUGUGAAAUGCAAUGCUGUGGCCAAAUUAACUUAUCUUCAAAUGUGUGGAUAUGACAUAUCAUGGGCCGGAUUUAAUAUCAUUGAAGUCAUGAGCUCAAACAAAUUCACAUGUAAACGUGUUGGAUAUCUUGCCGCAAGUCAAAGCUUCCAUCCCGGAACAGAUCUUCUAAUGUUAACCACAAACAUGAUAAGAAAAGAUCUUAGUUCAACAAAUCAGUACGAUGCUGGUGUUGCCUUAAGUGGAUUAAGUUGUUUUAUAUCAGCUGAUCUUUCGCGUGACUUGGCAAACGAUAUCAUGACAUUGAUGAGCUCCACUAAGCCCUAUCUUCGUAUGAAAGCCGUCCUCAUGAUGUAUAAAGUCUUUCUUAAUUAUCCAGAUGCACUUCGACCAGCUUUUCCCAAGUUAAAAGAGAAACUUGAAGAUCCUGACCCAGGCGUUCAAUCGGCAGCUGUAAACGUCAUUUGUGAGCUUGCGAGAAAGAAUCCCAAGAAUUAUCUUUCACUUGCACCAAUCUUCUUCAAACUCAUGACCACUUCCACCAACAAUUGGAUGCUUAUAAAGAUCAUCAAGUUGUUUGGUGCUUUAACUCCAAUUGAGCCACGAUUAGGAAAGAAAUUAAUUGAACCGCUAACGAAUUUAAUUCAUAGGCAAGUUUUUGUUGUCCUUUUUAAUGAUUCAUUUGCAUUAAAUUUAAACAUCAGCAGUGGAAUGCCCAAUCACAGUGCAUCAAUUCAAUUAUGCGUUCAAAAAUUGAGAAUAUUAAUUGAAGAUUCUGAUCAGAAUUUGAAGUAUCUUGGACUGUUAGCGAUGUCAAAGAUUCUUAAGACACAUCCGAAGAGUGUUCAAGCACAUAAAGAUUUAAUUCUUGCUUGUCUUGAUGACAAAGAUGAAUCAAUUCGUCUUCGAGCUUUGGAUUUAUUAUAUGGAAUGGUUUCGAAGAAGAAUCUCAUGGAGAUUGUUAAUCGAUUGUUAGGGCACAUGGAGCGAGCUGAAGGAAGUCUUUAUCGAGAUGAAUUAUUGUUGAAAGUUAUAGAAAUUUGUUCGCAAGGAUCCUACCAACAUGUCACGAAUUUUGAAUGGUAUUUGACGAUGCUGAUGACAGAACGACCGGCCCUUCCAGGACACAUCACAGCUGUCUUUGUUCAAAAUUCAAUUAAACUUUUCAUUCGUCUUCUCGAGAAAUCAUCAGAUUCUGGUGACAUUGAAGAAAUCACGCAAGCAGUUAAAAUUAUGACCCAGAAACUUCCACAUUUCAUCAGUUCUGGAGAUAUUGAAGUGCAAGAACGUGCAUCGUCAACUUUAGUUAUUGUUGAAGUCAUAAAAUCUUCUCUCGGCAAUGAAAUCAUCACAAAAGAUGUUAAAAGCAAUCAAGAUUUGUUGAAUGACAUUGAAGACACGGAAAAUGGAAACUUGUCAAUGACAACAUUACCCAGUGGAUUAAACGAACUUAUUAUGGAACUUAAAUCUCUUUUCGAAGGCGACCUUAUCCCAGUUGCACCAAAAGCACAACGAAAAGUUCAACUUCCUGAUGGUUUGGAUCUUGAUGAAUGGAUCAAUGGACCGCCAAGUGAAAGUUCAUCAAGUGAUGAAGAAGAUGACAGUAAAGAAGGACUUUUUGUGGCAGCGUCUGAGAAAACAAGUGAUAAGGGAAGUCGUAAAGAUAGCUUUGAACCAACACCGGAAGAACUCGAGAAGAUUCGUGAAGCACGAAAAAUGUUGCAAGCUCAUAAUCCAAACUAUUUGAAAGUUUCACCUGAAAGUAGUCGAAAGAAUGGCGGUGGAAGUGAAGACAUGAAAGAUGCAUACGAUAAUCUUGAUGAUAUUCCGAUAGCUGAGUUGAAUCUUGAUGUUCCACUGAAAGUCCAUUCCAAAAAACGUUCUGACAAAUAUCUCGAGGAAAAUCGUAAACAACAAAGAAAGGAAAAGAAAAGCGAAAAGUCCAAUUCAACAAAGAAAUCGAAAAAGAAGUCGAAGAAGAAUAAAACUGAAAUUCAUUCCGAAAGUGACUCAGAUGAUCCGAAACCUCUUCACGUAGUAAACACAACGAUUGAAAUGCCAGAAGGUGCAACAAUUUCAGAUAAUGAUGAUAAGAAUAACUUGGAUGAAAAUGAUCCACAUCGUGCACUCGACAUUGAUCUUGAUGUUGAUGACAGUUUUUAUGCGCCAACAAAGCCUUCAAAAUCCAAAAUUGUCAACGAAGUUGAACCUGCCAAAGCAAAAGAGAAAUCAAAUCGUAAGAAAAAGGAACCAGAACCAGUUCUCUUAAUGGAACCAGAAGAAGUUCCAAAGAAAAUUAAAAAGAAGAAGGAAAGAAGAAAAGAAAGCUUGGAAGUCGAUCUUUUGCAAUCUGAAGAAGCUGCUUCUCAAGUCAAGGAAAAAAAAUCGAAGAAGAAGUCAAAGGACAAUGAGAAGCCAAAAAAACAUCAUAAGAAAUCGAAGAAGACAGACUAUGAAGAAGCUGUGGGACAGGUGAUUUUUCAAAAAAUGUAUCAACAAAUCUCAAGUUUAAAUGAAUCUAACGAAAGCUCACGCAGUUCAAGUUUUGUGAGCAGCUUGAAUUCUCUUUCAAGCUUAAGUUUAGAUUUACAACUAUUUGAUGUUUCAUCAUCGUUAUCAGCAAGUGGUGCUUCGCCCUGUUGUAAGAUAUCAUGGAAGAUUUCCCCAUCCAUUCAAAAAACUUCCAUUACCACAUUUACACAAGUUGUAGAAGAAUCUCAAAGUUUUUUCAAUUAUCCUGAACUUACAAUAAACUUCGAAAAUAAAUCAAAGGAUUUUCAAGACAGGGAAGAAAGUUCGUUCAACACCUUAAUGAAACCUUGGAAACAUCUUCUUAAUCAUGACUAUUGUAAACCAUGCAUCGGAAAAGUUAAUUUGAAUUCACAGUCGAAUUUACAAUCAACAAACGAUAUAGAUUCAAUGGACACUGCCGAUGAUGAAAUCAAUUUUUUUCCACCAUACUCUUCUACACCGAACUCGUCAUUUUUCAAUGACUUCUCAUAUUCUGACUACCACAGUUUUCCAGAAAAAGAACAAAUGCAACAACGACCAUAUAAACGCAAGCGUCAGAUGGAUUCUGUUUUAUUUCAUAGCAAUAAAGAAAAUCAGCCAAACAAAAAGGUUCGUCGAAAGCUUUACAGCAAGAAAUCAGAAUCAAAAUUAGCGUACUGUGAGUAUUGCAAGAGACGAGGUGAGCCAUCAAUAAUCUAUAAGCAUCACACUUUGAAAGAUGCUAAGGGACGAACAUUGUGCCCAACAUUGCGUCAAAUUGAAUGUCCAAUUUGUAAAUCCGAUGGAGAUAAAGGACAUGAAAAGGAGAAUUGCCCUCAAAAGUAUCUUGAAAAUCAUAGCGAGGCCGAGCUGCGCUGUAUUCAACGUCGACUCAGUUGUAUUAAGAUUUGAAUCAUUUUCCAUAUUAUAAUUUGUUGUCAUGUCAAUCAGAAAAGUUUAUUUAAAUUUCACAAGAAUUUUUAAAUAAUUUGACACUUCGAAGUUGUGACAUUCAUCGUAAAAUCGUUUAAAUAACAUUUAAUUAAAGUUGAUUAAAAGUUGAAAUUUUCCUUUAUCUUGAAGCUUUACCAGCGAAAGCAUUCAUUUGAUUAAAUUAAGGGGAAUUUCUAUUAUUAAUGAAAGAAUUGAUUCAAUUAAGAAUUUCUUAGAAUUCUUUUCGAGUUAAUUAAUGAAAAGAAAAUAUUUUAUAAUAUUUUGUACUUAAAAACCUUUGGGAGUUGAACUUCAACUUCUUAUUGAACUUAUUCAUAGCGUAAAGCUUUUCUGAUUGAUGAUGACGUGAAUUCUGUUGAAAAUAUGCUACAAACUUGAAGAUUAUUAUAAACUAUUAAAUUUGUUGAUGACGCAAUUUUUUUGAAUAAAAGUUUCGAUAAUUUUUGUGACUAAA